GGGUUAUCUGGCGCUGGAUCGUCUGGCUCGACAGCGGGCAUCGGGUCCACCAGGCAUGACAGCGGGCACUGGGUCAUCGGACAUUGGAUUGUCUGGCUCGACAGCGGGCAUCGGGUCACCACAGGUAUGACAGCGGGCACUGGGUCACCAGGCAUUGGAUCGUCUGGCUCGACAGCGGGCAUCGGGUCACCAGGCAUCAGGUCAUUUGGCUCGACAGCGGGCACCGCGUCAUCUGGCAAGGCAGUGGGCACCGAGUCACCAGGCACGACUGUGGGCUCUGAAGUCAAUUGGCACGACAGCGGGCACCGGUCAUCAGGUACUGGAUCGUCUGGCUCGACA